AUGAAUCUGCAGCGCACUCCUCCUACUGGUUCUCACCCUGACCUCACCAAACUGCGGGAUUUUAGCUCUUCACAAGGCAUUACCAUCAGAAAUAAAAACUCCUCAGAAUGUGAAAUUGCUGCAUUUCGCGAAGAGCUGAGCAACUCACUUUUUUCAUAUCGCUGCGAAACAUCCGAACCAUUGGCAGCUUUUCAGCAAAGUAUGAUAGCAUCGCUAAAGAAAUUGCUUGGAAAGCAGAGUGAAAAAAUGUGCAAGUUAUGUGACGAUGUUAGUGAUGUGAAGGAGCAGAUAAAACUACCGAAAGCAUGUCCUAUGAAAUUAAUGACAUUAAACUUAACACAACGACUCUAA